AGCUGCGAAAUAGUCACUCUGCUGAAGCGCAAGUCUUUCUUUAGUGUUUUUUUUUUUCUUAGGUGUUGUUGUCGACAGGACGCACAUCUCGCGUUGCCAUCUACACGCCGAACUUAUAGUUUCCGAUAGCUAUCUUCUCUCACAGAAACGCCGAUCUUCUAGCAUUUUUAUCUCUCUUUGCAUCCCUUUUUUUUUCGCAAAAAUGAAUGUGAUGUCCCCGCCGUUUUAUGGGAAGGGCUACUCCGCCCAAAAUCCCCUGCUGCUGUGGGAGGUGACGCAGGAGCUGCAGGACGACAUGCGCGAUCAGAGCGACGACCUGCGCCGCCUCCUCGACACCGCCGGUUCCCUCCAGGGCGUGAUGGAGAGUACACGCGACAUGUACAACACCGUCCUCAAGGAGCGCGACGAGGCCUACCGCCGUCUGCAGGAUGCCGACUCGAAGCUGCAGCAGGUGGAGCACGUGGUGCGGCGCUAUGCCGAGGUGAAAGACCCGGUGGUGGCCAGCGACGGCUACACAUACGAGCGCACCGAGCUGACUCGCUACCUCAGCGACUGCAAGAAGUCGAACAGCAAGGCCUACUCCCAGCAGACCAAGGAGGAGUUGACGGAGGUGAUGGUCGACAACGUGUCGUUGCGUCGCCUCGCGGAGCUGCUGAAGGGCGUGCACACGGUCGAAGUACCGCAGCUGUCCAAACGCGUCCCGCUGUCCAACGGCGGCGGCAGCAACGACGGGCGGCGCAUGCGCUCGCGCUGGACGGACGAGGAUCCAUCUAUGGGCGGCAUGGCGCACGCGGAGAUGGGCGCCGGCACUGCAGGUCCGAUUGGUGGGGCAGGAGGCCGUGCAGGCAAUGGGAUGGCGAUGAACGCCAGCCACGGUGGGCGCCGCUUUGACCACGCCGGCAAGUUCAACAAGACUGGAGCGAACACGGAGAGCAAGGGUGGGCUGCACCCCUGCAUCCGCGUCUACGGCUUCUGCAACUUCGAGGACGACUGCACCUUCGCCAACUACCCCUACGAGGCCUGCCUGAAUCAUAUUAAGGGUAAGUGCCGCUUUGGCUCUACCUGCAAGGAGCUGCACGUCGACCCGCGCGAUCCGGCCUACCAAAACCCACGCAGCUUUGCGAACCACCAGCACCACCACGGCAACAGCAACGCAAACAGCGCUGGUGCUGCGGCGGCACAGACCGAGUCGAGCUCGCAGAAGUCCGAGGCGGUGAAGUCUGCGGAGCCGGUGGAAAAGACUUCUGCUGAGGACGCGGCCGCGGCGGAGCGGACAGCGAAGAAGGAGGAGAGCAACAGCAAGAAAGAGGAAGCGACUUGCGCUGCGCCUGCCACCACUGACAACGCCAAGUCGAAGGAUGAAUAA